CGUGGGAUUCCCAUCUAAGGAGGCCGAUAUUUUGGGAACGGACUAGCCCCCAGACUCCCGCGGAAAUAUAGAUAGGUGCCCCGGCCUUCCCAAACUCAUUCGUUCACCGCACUCAGGCCGAACCGCAUCUAUUCUCUUAGCAAAGGUGACAACAAAAACAAAUCAAGAUGUGUGACGAUGAUGUAGCAGCCUUAGUUGUCGACAAUGGAUCCGGUAUGUGCAAGGCCGGAUUCGCCGGGGAUGACGCUCCCCGUGCUGUCUUCCCCUCCAUCGUCGGUCGGCCAAGACAUCAGGGUGUCAUGGUCGGUAUGGGUCAAAAAGACUCAUACGUAGGUGACGAAGCCCAGUCCAAGAGAGGUAUCCUCACCCUGAAAUACCCCAUCGAGCACGGUAUCAUCACAAACUGGGAUGACAUGGAAAAGAUCUGGCAUCACACCUUCUACAACGAGCUCCGAGUUGCCCCAGAAGAGCACCCCAUCCUCCUGACCGAAGCCCCCCUCAACCCCAAGGCCAACCGUGAAAAGAUGACUCAGAUCAUGUUUGAAACCUUCAACACACCCGCCAUGUACGUCGCCAUCCAGGCUGUGCUCUCCCUGUACGCCUCCGGUCGUACCACCGGUAUCGUCUUGGACUCCGGAGAUGGUGUCUCCCACACCGUCCCCAUCUACGAAGGUUACGCCCUCCCCCACGCCAUCCUCCGUUUGGACUUGGCUGGUCGUGACUUGACCGACUACCUCAUGAAAAUCCUCACUGAACGUGGUUACAGCUUCACCACCACAGCUGAGAGAGAAAUUGUCCGUGACAUCAAGGAGAAAUUAUGUUACGUCGCCUUAGACUUCGAGCAGGAAAUGGCCACCGCCGCUGCCUCCACCUCAUUAGAAAAGUCCUACGAAUUGCCCGACGGACAGGUCAUCACAAUCGGAAACGAAAGGUUCCGUUGUCCAGAGGCCCUCUUCCAGCCAUCCUUCUUGGGUAUGGAAUCUUGCGGUAUCCACGAGACCGUCUACAACUCCAUCAUGAAGUGUGACGUCGACAUCCGUAAGGACUUGUACGCCAACACAGUCUUGUCCGGAGGUACCACCAUGUACCCUGGUAUCGCCGACAGAAUGCAAAAGGAAAUCACCGCCCUGGCCCCAUCAACAAUCAAGAUCAAGAUCAUCGCUCCCCCCGAAAGGAAGUACUCCGUAUGGAUCGGUGGUUCCAUCUUGGCUUCCCUGUCCACCUUCCAACAGAUGUGGAUCUCCAAGCAGGAAUACGACGAAUCCGGCCCAGGAAUCGUUCACCGCAAGUGUUUCUAAGUUAUUCGAACUUCCUCAUCAAAACAAACGAAUCUCUUUCCAUCUUUGUUUCAUUACCCAACAUCUUUUGCAAUCUACAUCAAAUGUACAUAUUAUCCUCAUCUCAAUUGCAAGGACUUAUUGCUAAGUUGUUCCUUUAUUGUUUUUACGCGUUUUGUAAUUCAUUUAUUAAUUUAUUUAUCGAUUUAUUUAUUUAUUAUUUACUCUCUUUCAAUCGUGAACCUCGCUCGGACGGCGUGCGCAAGUGUGGGCUGACUAUUUAAUUUCAAUUGUAAUUUAUUAUAUUUAUUUUCUUUGUAAGACUCUGUACAAUUUCCAUGACCACACAAAUAUAACAACAAUAUUUCAUUUAUUUUUUUUGUUAAA